GCAUUCGUUUGUUGGCAGUCUGACAAGUACAAACUUAUCUUGGUAUGUUGUAUAUAUAAACAUAUGUAAAAGGUUCACAUAGCAUUUAGAAGUAUUGUGGAACACGGUAAGGAACGGGCAAUAAAAUGGCAGGAAUUAAGGCAAUAGUUGGAGAUAAGAUAAUCAAUAAAAAAGGGGAAGAAGUUGAUGUAGAGGAAUUAUGUAAAGACAAGAAAGCUGUAGGCAUCUAUUUCUCCGCCCACUGGUGUCCACCAUGCCGCGGCUUCACGCCUGUCCUGUCCAAAUUCUACGAGGCAAAUGAUAAAGACUUUGUAGUGAUUUUUGUUAGUUCAGACAGAGACCAGUCAUCAUUUGAUGAAUAUUUUGGUGAAAUGCCUUGGUAUGCAGUGUCUUAUUCAAAGCGAGAUGUUAAGGAUGCCGUAAGCACCAAAUACGGAGUUCGUGGAAUCCCAACACUAGUAGUUCUGAAGCCAGAUGGGACCACCAUAGAUGCCAAUGGCCGCGGAGUUGUAGCAAGUGCGGGCGAUAAGUUCCCAGAUGCUUGGUGUUAAUGACACACAUUAUUUAUUGGAUUAAUAUUUACACAGACUUUAUCUAUUUACUUAUUCUACUAUAGCAACAUUCUGAUAAAUCAUGAUUUGAUAUACCUUAGGUUUUGAUUAAGUGUUAUAGUAAUUCUAACUCAUAGUUAGGUUUAAGGAAUGUAUUUAUAUGUCUCUAACGUCUUGAAACAACAUAAAAGUCUUGAACCACCAGUAAAUGUACAUUCCAUCUCCGUAUUGUUUCUGUUUUAUGCGCUAUUUCCUGUCAUUAUUUAUUAUUUGGUUUACAUUAUUUUACUCAGCAUACUAUAUGCAUUUCUUCAUUUACAUUAUAUUGUUCUUACAUGAAAACGCGUUCGUUUUCAAUAUCAUGUUGGCUAGUAAUGAUUUGCAUGAAUAUUACAAAUGGUUUCGCACAGUAAAACAAUACAUGUAAAUAUAUAUUCGUUUUUCAUA